CGACUUUGAGGGCGUGAAGGAAGGGUCUUCCGUCUCAGCGACCGCCAACAAACAGAUAGAAAGAAACUGUUUCUUUUUUGUCUGCUACCACUCCCAGCGAACCUCGAAAAAAAUGUCCACAAACCCAAGCACAACCUCUCUUCACUCUGCCGGUUCAAACACUAUUGACACUCAAUGCAACCCGCAUGUUGACCCGAAUGCAAAGAUUGCGCUUAUUGUCGGCGAUGAUAUCAAAACGAUGAAUGCUACAGCCCACACAUUUAUGCAAAAAGGAUACGCCGUCGUCACUGCUCGUUCUAAACCAGAGUCCACGGUUGUCAACGUCCGCUCUCCAUCAGGUUCCACAACUGGUACAUCUCCAGGGGAGGCUAGUCAGUGGAUUGUGGAACAUGUGGAUGACAUGGGACAUGUGGGAUCUGUUGAGAAGAUGUUUGCAGAUGUAAUCCGGAAGGUUGGUACACCCAACGUGGUUGUGAUUGAUACCAUCACCUCCACUGUUGGAGCGUCCGCAGAAGAGAAACCAUUGUUGGUAACGACGUUGAACAUUGACGCCUUUAUCAAAGACUUUACGAGAAGAGUUGUUGCUGCGUGUCGGCUUGCCCAGUUGGCCAUCAUUGGCUUUCGCAAACGGCAAUCUCACGCUUCUCAACUACAAAAGCACAUUCUCCUUUUCACAAUUGACAAAACUAGAAACCCGUCACUGUCUGUCUGCAAUGCGUCUAUCAAGUCGCUGGCGGAGUCAUUUGCCAACGAAUGCCGCACAGAUAGUGAUGGGGGACGCCAACAUAUUAAUGUGUGCGUCGUGGACGCGGACAUGCGUGCAAGUGCUGAGAAACUGGCUGACGCUUAUUGGAAUUGUUGCGCUGGCAAUCCAUCUCAGGCUGACAGUGGUAUUGAAGGGAAGAAAACGGGACUCCACUACGAGCAUGUCGACGCGCGACCUUUUGCGGUUGAGCAGUAAGCAGGUUGAAGGAAUACCAUUGCCCUUUCACAUUUCCAAUUUGUAUCAUGUCCAAGCUCUAUGAUCUGUAAUAUAAGGAAAACAGAAUGUAAAUCAC